AUGGAAGCCCGGCUCGGCACGGGCGUGACGUGUCUCGGGCCGGCUGCGGCUGGGCCCGGGGACGAGGCCGAGUGCACGCUGUGCUUCGGAGCAGUAGCCAUCGGAGCAGAAGGCGAAGGCGUGGUGCUGUAUCCGUGCGGGCAUGUGCUGUGCGCAGGCUGCGUGAUGGACGCCAUGGUUCACUUUGUCAAUGCCUCGUCGCACCGGCAGAUCAAGUGCAUGGGCGCCGCCGGCGGAUGCACUGCCACGCUGGCAGCAGCGCAUAGCCAGAUCGAGGCACUUGCCGUCGCCCGCCCGGAUCUCGACGCGUGGUCUUUGCUGGCCAAGUACACUCGCGCUCUGGUCGUCCGCGAACUUGCCGCAAGUGCACGGUUCGUCUGGUGCGCCGGGCCAGGCUGCGGCAGUGGCGCGGUCAUCGAUGCCGGGCCCGAGUGCGAGAGCAGCGCGCCCUUCUUUAUGGAUUGCGCCGAGUGCGGGGCACAGACGUGCACAGGGUGUGAGCAGCACGCUGACAUGCAUCGCCAGCCACUGUGGCGGGUGGCGCUGCAGUGGAUUGGCCGCGGCGGUCCACGUGGCGCCUGCCCGAUGUCUGCGGCGUCGGACGUCGAGUCCGAGGCCUGGAUCCGGGCCAACGCCAUCGCGUGCCCCUCAUGCGGCGUAGCGCUGCGUCUGCCGCGCCGAGGCCUGCUUUGA